AUGCUUCGAAGUUUGUUGUACCAAGUUCUGAAGCAGGAUGAAACAUUUUUCGUUCAUUUCCAACGAAGGUAUCGCGAGUCUAACACGGGGGCCGCUUGGUCUUUGGAGAAUCUUAAGGCGAUACUGAGGGCAUGUAAAAAGCACCCUCUCCAACGGACGCUCUACUUUAUUGUGGACGCUAUCGACGAGUCCCAUUUUGACCAACGUCACGAAAUCGUUAAAUUCCUACUCGACAUAUCGGGCGUGUUAGAAAAUGAUGCAGGCUGUGUGAUCAAGUUGAUCAUCAGCAGUCGGCCAAUUAAUGAAUUCCAAGAUCAACACUACACUGGAAGGCGUAUAGUCCUUCAGAAUUACACCGAGGGCGAUAUCUCAAAAUACAUGCACUUUUGCCUCGAGCAACCAGAAUUUGCAAACUAG